UUCAGCGACCAUAUUCAGCUAAAUCCUAAUCUGGCAAAUCUCACUCACACCUCCCAAGAAACCAUCCUUAACAGUUUAGCACCAAGCACGCUAUCUGCUUACCUCACCGGCUGGAAUUCUUUCAAGAAUUACCACACUACUUAUCAUCUACCGUUUCCCUCUCUGGACGCCUUGUCCAUGUGCAACUUCAUCACACACUGUCAUACCGUAACAAAAAUCCGGGCCUCCAGCAUACAGACAUAUCUAGCUGGCAUCAAUUUAUUCCAUAAAUUAUCCACCGGCCUCCCUUGUCAAUCAAUCUCGCAUGCUCACGUCACUCUGCUCUGCCGCUGUAUACACACUCUGCGCUCCGGUUACAUCUCCCUCACAGUCGACUUAACACUGGAAUCAAUGUUUCUACUUGCCUUCUUCGGAUUCCUGAGGUGCUCUGAAUUCGCUCCAACCUCAUCUGUCUACAAUCCUUCCCGUCAUCCCAGUCUAUCCGACAUCACCACCCACACUUCAGACUCGCUCAUAUUCACGCUCCGCAGCAGUAAAACUGAUCAGUUAGGAGUAACCUUUCCCAUCUACAUCUUCCGCCUCAACUCCUUUCUCAGUCCGCACGAGCCAUUGACCAGAUACAUCCACACCCGGUAUUCCGCCCACGCUUCACCACAAGAUCCCCUCUUCCUCACCGAAACAGGGAGGAUGGCCACCCGUUUCUGGUUCCAGAAACACUUCCAUAACAUCCUCCGUCUCUCCGGAAUUUCAUCAGAUCAUUACUCUUGCCAUUCGUUCCGCAUCGGCGCCGCCUCCUCAGCCGCCAGAUCAGGUAUUUCAGACCAAGUCAUUCAGGUCCUCGGCCGCUGGUCUUCACAAGCAUAUCAAACCUACAUCCACAAUAACCUCAAUGAUCUCCGUCUAGCACACAACAGACUAAGCCUCACUUAA